ACAAAAAAAAACGUGAACAGAUUCUUGCGGAAUCUGUGGUCUUAAAAGAAAACAAUAGCCUGGCAAGAGUUGAUACUGUUGCGCAAGCUCCUCAGCCUUGCAGUUGGGAAACGUCUGCUAAAUUUCCAAGAAAAAGCUUUGAAAGGGUUCGAUCGCUAGCUGCCCGGUGAAAACGCCCGUCCUCCUGUGACCCAGGCCCCCCCGCCAGCUGCGACCACCAUGAGCACCUUGAUGACGACGGUGAUGAUGAUGAAGACGACGCAAAGCGCGCGCCUCCUCGCUACUGCCUUCGUGAAAGCACCGCGUCAACGCGCCUUUAGCCUGGACGCGAGCGCGCCGCUGGUGUGCACUCGUGGCUACGUACACGGCCGUUGGGUGAGCGCGCCUCAAGACUUCCCGGUUUGGGACCCGGCCACCGGGACCGAGAUCGCGCGGGUGGCGGACUGCGGGCCGGAAGAGGCCAAGCGGGCCGUAGACGCGGCCCACGAGGCAUUCCAACAGUGGAAGGAUGUCACGGCCAAGGAGCGCAGUAGCCUCCUGAGGAAGUGGGCCAACCUGAUGACGGAGCACAAAGAGCACCUGGCCACCAUCAUCACCUUCGAGAGUGGUAAACCCAUGAAAGAGGCCCUGGGUGAAAUCGCCUACUCAACAUCCUUCCUAGACUGGUUUUCAGAGGAAGCGCGGCGGGUGUACGGUGACGUGGUGCCGUCACCAUUCAGGGACCGCAAGAUGCUCCUCCUCAAGCAGCCGGUGGGCGUGGCCUCCAUCAUCACGCCGUGGAACUUCCCGAGCGCCAUGAUCACCAGGAAGGUUGGCGCCGCGCUGGCCGCAGGAUGUAGCGUCGUGGUCAAGCCGGCCGAGGACACACCCCUAUCGGCACUUGCUCUGGCAGAGCUGUCGUCCCAGGCGGGCCUCCCGGCGGGCGUGUUCAACGUGGUCCCAUGCUCCAGGGAGCAGACGCCAUCGGUGGGGCGCGUCUUGUGUAGCGACCCCCUGGUGCGCAAGAUCUCCUUCACGGGUUCCACCGCCACCGGCAAGGUUUUGCUGAAAAUGGCCGCAGAAACCGUCAAGAGGGUCUCCAUGGAGCUGGGGGGUCACGCCCCUUUCAUUGUCUUUGACAGCGCCGACGUGGACCAGGCGGUGCAAGGAGCCAUGGCUUCCAAGUUCAGAAACUCGGGGCAGACGUGCGUGUGUUCCAACCGUUUCCUGGUGCAGAGCUCCGUCUACGACAGCUUUCUGGAAAAGCUUGGCGCCGCCAUGGACUGCCAGCUCAAGAUCGGACACGGCAGCGAGCCGGACACCACGCAGGGCCCGCUCAUCAACCGCAGGGCAGCGGACAAGGUCCUCCAUCAGACCGAGGAUGCCCUCUCUCGGGGGGCCCGCCUCCUGCGGGGCGGCCGCCGUCUUCACGGCUCUUUUGUGGCGCCCACGCUGCUGGCGGACGUCAGGGCCGACAUGUUGUGUAUGCAAGAGGAAACCUUUGGGCCUCUGGUGCCCGUAGUCAGGUUUGACACGGAGCAGGAAGCGCUCGCCAUCGCCAAUUCGUCCCGAGUGGGCCUGGCAGGUUACUUCUACUCGUCGGACAUGUCUCAGAUCUGGAGAGUGGCAGAAGCUUUGGAGGUGGGUCUGGUGGGGGUCAACGAGGGUCUGGUGUCCACCCCCGAGGCCACCUUUGGGGGGGUCAAGGAGUCCGGUCUUGGACGCGAGGGCUCCAAGUACGGCGUGGACGAAUACCUUGACGUCAAAUACGUCUGCUUGGGUGGCCUGUCGCCAACUGGCUAACGGGAUCACCAAACGAGAACCCCGUCAACGUGCCAUAAAUGACGAGAGCUCGCUAACGCUAAUUCUUAGUUCUUACUUUGGCUUGCCAUUUUUGUAGUGUGCUAGUUAGCUUAGCACAAUUGCAAUUGGCCAGUGACAGUCAACUUGUAUUGUUCAUUCAUUGAAAUAUCCAACAUUGCUAAGCGGUGACUGGAUGAUGUGAAGCUUCUGCCAGCCAAUCAGGAGAGAUUUUUUCUUUGCUGUCACUCAGUGAAAUGAAUUUCACAUUUUGAAAAAAGCACGAUAUGAGAACAAUUUAAAAGAUUGACGUCCUCUAGAUUUUUGUAAUGGUUAUACUAAUUAGUUUAUAAUAAUUAUGUCUAUAUUGACAUGU